CAUCAUCUGAUAUCACAGACUUCGGCUUCGACAUGCGUUUGCUAUCAGUCAUUGUCGGUUCUCUAGCUGUUACAGUUAAUGCAAUAUGGCCUGAGCCAAGAUCUGUUACAACAGGUUCUACGUUCAUUCGACUAUCGGCUGAUAUUGAAUUGGAUGUUGUAAAUCAGGUGACCGGGAGCAUUGGAUUGAGAUGGGCUCAGGAAGGUAUACAGAGCAUAUUAGCAAAAGCACAGGGGAAGAGCGAGGAGUGGAUCGCCGACCAGCCGGAGACUAUCCUGAAGGCUGCAUUCGAACGUUUUCGAGGAAACGUUCUGAACGCGGGAUUCAUACCGCGCAAGUUUUUCACCCGAGACGGGUUCGUGGAGUAUGAGCUGGGCCUACAACCUGAAGUCUCGUCUCGUCCACUUACCCGAGUAGAGCUCAUCAUCGAGAGCAAAGCAUCCUACGCCAAGCGUGUCCAGGACGGCUCUGCAGCAGGCGAAGGCUACCAGCUCUUCCUCUCACCUGAAGGCACCGCCAAAAUCGUAACUGCGUCUACUAAUGGUGGAUUAUAUGCCCUUUCAACACUGGAGCAACUGUUUUAUACAUCUUCUCAUGGUCAUAUAUACACCGUCCUCGCCCCAAUCUCUAUCACUGACAGCCCCAUGUACUCUCACCGUGGUCUCAACCUCGAUAUCUCACGCAACUUCAUUGCUCCUUCAGACGCAAAACGCGUCAUUUCAGCUCUAUCGUUCAAUAAGAUGAAUCGCCUGCACAUCCAUGCCACAGACGCCCAGUCUUGGCCCUUAGUUAUCCCUAGCAUUCCUUCCCUUGCGGAAAAGGGGGCUUAUGAGCCAGAUCAAGUUUGGACAGCAGAAGACUUAGCAGACGUCCAGCGAUACGGACGCAUACACGGCGUCGAAGUAUACCUCGAAAUUGACGUCCCAGGCCAUACAACAAGCAUAGCAGCCUCACAUCCAAACCUCAUCACCGCAGCUACACAAGAUCCCUGGACUAAGUACGCCGCCGAGCCGCCUUCUGGCCAGCUAAAACUGGAUUCCCCAGCUGUAUACACGUUUCUAACCAAGCUCUUCAAUGACAUCCUCCCUCGCAGCGCCUUUUACAGCAAACAUUUCCACUUCGGAGGCGACGAACUCAACCGCGCAGCAUACGAGCUCGACGACACGGUCAAAUCCUCAGACCCCACAAUCCUAAAACCCCUCGUACAGAAAUUUACAGACCAUAUCCUGUCCAUGGCAAAGAAACAUUCGCUGCGCCCUAUUCUCUGGGAGGAAAUGGUGCUGGACUGGAACCUCACGCUUCCUUCCAACACAAUCAUCCAAACAUGGCGCAGUAGUGCUAUCAUUGCUGACAUCACCUCACGAGGCCACGCGGUGCUUUUCGGCGCGAAUACUCACUGGUAUCUCGACUGCGGCAUGGGCGUCUUCCUCGACCCGAUCCACCCCAUGCCCGGCCUUCCGGGCUCGCCUCCGCCGACAAGCCACCUCACGAGUCCUCCUUUUCCAGAUUACUGCUCGCCAUACAAGAACUGGCGGCAUAUAUACACGUAUGAUCCCCUCGCAAAUAUCACGCUGAGUGCGGAGCAGGAGAAGCUGGUGUUAGGCGGUGAAGUGCAUUUGUGGGGCGAGAUGACGGAUGCAAUUAGCCUGGAUGGGAUGCUAUGGCCGCGAGUGAGUGCGGCGGCGGAGGUGUUGUGGAGGGGCGGUGGAAGGAGUGUAGAUGAGGGUGUGACGAGGAGGUUGGCGGAGAUGAGGGAGCGGUUGGUGGGAAAGGGGGUGAGCAGUGGGAUGGUGCAGAUGGAGUGGUGCUUAAGGAACAAGGGGAUGUGUAAGCUUUGAGUGUCGGCGACAUGUGGGUGAUAUUAUGAAAUUAUGAGAACGGGUAGUGGUCUGGAGCUUGGGAUAGUCAAGGGGUACGUUGUGUCAUGGAACAUGUCUGUGCAGUAGUAUGGGACGGUCAAGGUGAAUGAAACGGACGGGAAUCGAAAUGCGAUGAUAUGAUCGUCUGAUGUGCUUGGAUAUUCGCAUAUCUAGGAAAGAGGCAGCAUAAUGCAGGCCUAAGGUGAUGUAUCGGGUAUAAUAGACGGCGCGUAAAUGCAGACAGGAGAUAUUGAUGUGCUCAUAAAGCCGCCCACAGCGCGCAGAUCCGUGUCUGACUCUUAUCCAACGCCGUACAGUAAAACAUUGCUGAGACAAAAUCAAACUUAAGUAGAAAUAACGCAGAUGCGAAG